UGAUAGUUAUGGCGAAUCUGUUGAACGUAUGAGUGUGGAGGAGUUAGAACAGGGGAAGAGCUGGUUAAGUGAUACUUUUCAACUCAUAAGGUGUGAAGGUGAUGCGCUUCCAAGUAUAACUUGGCUUCUUGACCUUGCAAAAAUAGCUGUGCUAAGGCAUGGGGUGCGUGGACUUGUAAUCGAUCCUUAUAAUGAGCUUGACCAUCAGCGCCCUCCAAGCAUGACUGAAACUGAAUAUGUUAGUCAGAUGCUUACCAAAAUCAAACGGUUUGCCCAGCAUCACGGAUGCCAUGUUUGGUUUGUAGCACAUCCUAGACAGUUACAAAAUUGGGUUGGGGGACCUCCUAAUCUCUAUGAUAUAAGUGGAAGUGCACACUUCAUAAAUAAAUGCGACAAUGGAAUUGUUAUUCAUCGAAAUCGAGAUCCAGAAGCUGGGCCUAUGGAUCAAGUACAGGUUUGUGUUCGUAAGGUACGGAAUAAGGUUGCAGGGACAAUAGGCGAUGCCACUUUGUUGUAUAAUGGGGUAACUGGUGAGUUCACCUCUGUUGAUGAAGGGAACAAACUUCCUUUUGGUAGCUAAAAAAGUAAGCAUUCUCGGAAGAGAUAGCAGGUGGCCAUAUACAUAUUUUGGAUAAACUUGUUCAAUGGAUGGCAUGACAUUAGCAGAU